AUGUCAGCUACUCGUAAUCUACCUUCUCAGUUAGUCCGCUACCUACCCACGAAUGAGGCUUACGACCGAUGGGCGGUAGUUUACGAUACGGACGGUAAUUUCUUACAAGAGCUAGAUACUAUUGAGCUGAAGGAGCUGUUCCCGAAGUUUCUGCUAUCUAUCACGGCCCCUAGGCCAUGGCGUGUCGUCGACCUCGGCUGUGGUACAGGUAGAAAUACCAUGUUGCUUCUCGGUGUCCCUGACGUUGCAGAAAUAAUCGCGCUAGACUCUAGCAGAGGCAUGCUUGAUGUGGCGAGAUCACGACUACAGAAGGUAGAUGAUGCUGUUGGUAUAUCGAUUAACAGCCCAUCGCGGACGGCUCCGGAACUGCAUCUCGAAGUUUUCGAUAUCCUAACUGCGUCAUCUCCCCCGAUUGUCGCACAGCAAGCAGACGGAGUUAUCUCUACGCUGGUCAUUGAGCACAUACCUUUGCCAGCGUUCUUCUAUCAGGUCUCGCAGAUACUAAAGCCAGGCGGUGUGCUUUUAUUGACCAAUAUGCACGAACAAAUGGGUGCGAUAAGCCAAGCCGGGUUCGUGGACGCCAAUACGGGCGAGAAGAUUCGGCCGACAAGCUACACGCAUACUAUAGCCGAUAUAGUAGCCGAAGCAAAUAAAUAUGGAUUUGACCUCGAAAAAAUUGGUGAAGUAGAAGGAAAGGGGAUCCGAGAGAGAGCGGUAGAAGACAGUAUGGUUGAAGAGUUAGGACCUAGGAGUAAGAAAUGGGUGGGUAUAAUGUGCUGGUUUGGUGGCUUAUUUAGGAAAAGGAGAACUUAG